CUAAUGGCUACUUGAGCCUUUUGUGUGGUCGACUUUGUGGGAUCAGCGGCAGCAUGGCGUCCAACACCCACACCAUGGAGAGCCUUCCCAGCGGCCUGAGGAUCUGCUGUACCGUCCCCGACUUCCUCUACCUGCCUGAACUGGUAUUUGGUGGUCUGGUGUGGAUCCUGGUGGCGUGCACUCUGGUGGUCCCAGAGAACCCCCAAGGCUGGGUGAUGUUCGUGUCCGUUUUCUGCUUCGUCCUCACCUUCCUGUGGAUGCUGAUGUUCGCCUGCGGCUGUCAUUCCAAUAAGAGCAGCUGGGCAGCAGCAGACUUUGUCUAUCAUUUCAUCGCCGCUGUCUUCUACCUGAGCGCCUCGGUGGCGUUGGCGAAGGUGACUCUGGACAUGAGGGACGGCGUUGACUUCCAGAACUACCAACUGGAUAUCUCAGCUGUGGUGUUCUCGUACACAGCAACACUGCUCUACUUUGUGCACACCAUCUUGUCAGCCGUACGAUGGAAGUCCUUCUAGAACCGUCUACAGACACUCAUGUCGUAUUUUAUUAUUGUUUAAAGCG